AUGAACAACCGGAAGGAAGACAUGGAGAUCCCGUCCCACUACCAGCACCUGCUGCGCGAGCUCAACGAGCAGAGGCACCACGGCGUGCUGUGCGACGCCUGCGUGGUGGUCGAGGGCAAGGUCUUCAAGGCGCACAAGAACGUGCUGCUCGGGAGCAGCCGCUACUUCAAGACGCUCUACUGCCAGGUGCAGAAGACCUCUGACCAGGCCAUGGUCACCCACCUGGACAUCGUCACAGCCCAGGGUUUCAAAGCCAUCAUCGACUUCAUGUACUCGGCCCACUUGGCGCUGACCAGCAGGAACGUCAUCGAGGUCAUGUCCGCCGCCAGCUUCUUGCAGAUGACUGACAUCGUGCAGGCGUGCCAUGAGUUUAUCCGGGCGGCGCUGGACAUCAGCGUCAAGGUCGACGCUGUGGACGAGCUGGCAGACCUGGAGGUGGGCGCGCCCCCGGGCGGCGGCGCGGAUGCGCUCAUCUCUGCUGUGGUGGCCGGCCGCAGCAUUUCCCCUUGGCUGGCAAGGCGCACCAGCCCUGCCAACUCAUCCGGCGACUCUGCCAUCGCCAGCUGCCAUGAGGGCGGGAGCAGCUAUGGGAAGGAGGAUCAGGAGCCGCGGGCUGACAGCCAGGAUGACGGGUCUGCGCCACCACUGUGGCCUGGGGACAUCGGCUACAUGCCUCUGCGGGUCAAGGAGGAGCAGGUGUCGCCACCUCACUAUGAAGGCAGCGAGCUGACAGUGGGCAAGGAUGGGGCGCUGCAGGGCGCCUUUCCAGCGGAGCAGGGCGGUGCAGAAGGCUGGCCACCGGCGGGCCGCAGGAAGAAUCGCAAGAACAAGGAGACUGUGCGCCACAUCACGCAGCAAGUGGAGGCUGACAGCCAGGCGGACUCACCUGCGCCCUCCUACCUGCCUGCCUCGGCCUGGCCAUUCAGCAGCCAUGAUGCAAAUGCUGACCUGACCCUGACUGAGGCCAGCAGCUUCGACAGCCGCGGCGAGAGGCCCGAGCUGUCCACACACGCCGAUGAGGGCCUGCUGGGUGGGGAGGCUGGCUACUUGGGCGCGCCCCUGACCCCAGAGCAGGAUGACCGGCUGCACCAGGCUGCUGCCGUGGCCAACCUGCGGGCGGCGCUCAUGAGCAAGAACAGCCUGCUGUCCCUCAAGGCGGACGUGAUGGGCGAGGACAGCUCCCUGCUUUUCGAGUACCUGCCCAAGGGCACACACUCCUUGUCUCUGAACGAAUUCACGGUGAUCAGGAAGAAGUUCAAGUGCCCGUACUGCAGCUUCUCGGCCAUGCAUCAGUGCAUCCUGAAGCGGCACAUGCGCUCCCACACGGGCGAGCGGCCUUACCCCUGCGAGAUCUGCGGCAAGAAGUUCACGAGGCGGGAGCACAUGAAGCGGCACACGCUGGUGCACAGCAAAGACAAGAAGUACGUGUGCAAGGUGUGCAGCCGGGUGUUCAUGUCAGCGGCCAGCGUGGGCAUCAAGCAUGGCUCUCGGCGCCAUGGUGUGUGUGCAGACUGUGUGGGCCGAGGAGUGGUUGGGGCCCUGGACCACGGUGGCGGUGAGGGCUCGCCGGAUGCACUGUUCCCCAGUGAAGGGCCCUACCUGGAGGAUGCCGACGACCCCCGUGGGGAUGGAGAGGAAGAGCCAGAUGAAGAUGGGGGCCUGGCCCCCGAGGAGGACGUGCUGCUGGGGGACGACAAGGAUGAUGUGGACUCACUCCGCAGCCCACCAGGGGAUCCCGAAGACUUGGCCUGGGUUUCUUAGGCAGGGCAGCAGGUCCUCAGCCCUCCUGCCGCCCUCAGGCACCCGCAGACAGUGGGCAGGGCUGCUCUGUGGGAGGGAGGUGUGGCCACUUUAAGCAAAGGGGAGUGUGAGUGCUCGCCAGUGCCUCACACCUGCCUGUCUGUUGUUCCUCUGUCCACUGGGACAGAAGGGAGCCCCUAGCAGGUAGGUGGCCUUUCUGCUUUCCUCUCGGGAUUUUGCAAAGAGGCUGGGGCCUACCCAGGGCUGGCAGGUUCCAGGGAGUGUUUUGCACAGCUGAGAGCACAGUGGAUCCGCCCCAUCCUCUUGCCCUCGGCAGCCUAGGGUCCACGGUUCAAACCCAUGGACGGUCCUGGCAAAGGGCAACUAGAGACCCUCAGCCUCUGGUGCUCACAGAUCACUGCAGACUGGCUUCUCGGUGCUAUAGUCUGUCCGCAGAAGCCACCACCCACCCUGACUGCUGCUCCCUCCAGGCUCUGCAGCGGCCUCUCGGAGGCCAGCACCCCUUCCAGAGCCUUCCUGCCAGCCUCACCCCCAUGGCUCUGGCCAGCUGCCGGAGGAACCCAUAGCCGCCGUGGUGGUGCCCGGCCAUUGGGGUUAUCCAUGCUGCCCACAGCCAUUGUGAACUGGCCACUGGCUCCUGCCUUGUUGCUGCUACCUGAAGCUGCUCCCCUCCCCACGGUCACGUAGUGGUGUCAACGUGAUGAGGUCAUAUCGUGGGCCCUGCUCUCCCUGACUAGCAUGCCAAGUGGCUGCCCUACAGCCUGUCGUCUGCUGCCCCUCUGGCUGCAUUUGCCCAUUUCCAAGAAUGAUGCCCGAGAGCCAUUGCCCUCUUUCCUAAGCAGAAAGUCAAGACUCCACCCUGUGCCCUGGUGCCAGCAGUCCCCUGCCGUGAGUACCUGGGCAAGGCUGCUGACAGAGUCCCUGUGCAGGACGGACCCUCAGAUGGGUCCUGCCCUUCCUGCUGGCUGUCUGUCUCUGAGACACAGCCUUCUUGCCUGGUGCCCAGCAAGCCUGCACCGGCAGCUGUGGUCCUGGGGGGUGCCCUGGGCUAACAUGCUGUGUCCCCAGGUCACCUGAGCAGGGGUCUCGGGGACUGUGUGAAAUGCCCAGCGGGGGCAGUGCCAUUGGCUUCUCUCCCUGCAGACUGUACAUCACCUUGUUUGUGAUGAUCUCAUCACAGCAUUGCCGCUGUCCUUACAUGGGGAGCCACCACAAGCUUCCUUUUGAAAAUCAGUGAACGUUCCUGCCAGCAGCGAGAUGCCCUUUGCAGAGCUAGGCUUGUCUGCACCAGGCCCCUCAGCUGUGUCCUUAGUGAGGGGCCUACUUGCUUAACCAUGUGGUUGCCUGUCCCCUUGGACCAAGG